GCGGAAGUUGAUAUCCCCGUGUUACCCACGUUCAACUUCCUCUUUUUCCGUUCGACUUCUAUUUGGCUUCAACACGAAUAUCUUAGAUUGACGAGUCAUCAUUUUAACAUUCAAUCACAGGUUGAUCACCGUAACUCUAGAUCGACUCUACGAUGUCCGGAGGUUUGGACGUACUAGCCCUCAAGGAGGAGGAUGUUACUAAAUUCCUUGUUUGUGGAACCCAUUUAGGGGCUACUAAUUGUAAUCAUCAAAUGAAACAAUAUGUUUUCAAAAGAAAACCUGAUGGUAUUCAUAUCAUCAACUUAAGAAAAACUUGGGAAAAACUUUUACUUGCUGCCAGAAUUAUCGCCGCUGUAGAAAAUCCAGCUGAUAUUUCUGUCCUCUCUGCUAGACCUUAUGGUCAGAGAGCUAUCUUGAAAUUUGCUACCUAUAUUGGUGCUACCCCAAUUGCUGGCCGUUUUGUUCCUGGUACAUUCACUAACCAGAUUCAGGCUGCCUACAGAGAACCAAGAUUGAUUGUAGCUACUGAUCCAAGAACUGAUCAUCAGCCCAUUACUGAAGCUUCUUACAUUAAUGCUCCUAUUAUAUCAUUAUGUAAUACUGAUUCACCAUUGAGACAUAUUGAUAUUGCCAUCCCUUGUAACAAUAAGGGUGUUCAUUCCAUUGGUUUGGUCUGGUGGUUGUUGACAAGAGAGGUCCUUCGUCUUCGUGGUACCAUCAGCAGAGAACAUCCAUGGGAAAUCAUGGUGGAUCUGUUCUUCUACAGAGAUCCUGAAGAGAUUGAGAAAGAAGAAAGAGAAGCCCAAGAAAAGGCUGCUGCAGCUAAAGAUAACCCUGAUGAGGUUUGGCCAGAUUCUGGUGCUGCACCUCCUGCCAUUACAUCUACUGAAGUUACUGACUGGGCCAGUGAAUCUAUUCCAGUUGCUAACCCAUUACCAAGUUUUGCUGGUAACACAGAUUGGUCAGGUCCCAGUGGAGAAAAAGAAUGGACUGGUACUGCACCACCUUCUGGAGAAAAAGAAUGGGCUGCUCAACCUGCUGCUCCUGCAGCAGCUCCUGCUAAUGAUUGGGGAGGAGGAAGUGGUGAACAAUGGUAAACAUCAAUACACUCGGAUGUAAAAUGUUAACUCCAAGAAAUAAAACUUGAAUUCAUAAU